GAACUUGCACUCUCUCUCUCUCUCGCUUAAAUGAUAUGCUUUAAAUAGAUAGACCCAUAUCCAUUUGUUGUGUGAACAAAACAAAGAAGGUGAAGUUUGAGAUGGGGAAUCGCCUCCCUCGCCCUCAACCAGCCGUGAAGCUGAUGCCUGUAGACACUCCAUUUAAAUUGCCUUCCACUCUUCCAUCUUGGCCACCAGGCUCAGGAUUUGGAACUGGGACCAUCGCAUUAGGAGGCUUAGAGCUACGGCAAGUGUCAACUUUUUCGAAGGUGUGGGCAUCCCAUGAGGGAGGCCCCAAUAACACAGGGGCCACAUUUUUCACGCCUUCUUCCAUUCCAUCUGGUUUUUAUGCCUUAGGAGCCUACAGCCAACCCAAUAACCAACCACUCUUUGGGUGGGUCCUAGUCGCGAAGGAUAACGAUGGUUCUAUCCUCGCGAAACCUCUCAAUUUUUCUCUCAUUUCUAAAAGGGUCCAAGACAACAAUUCUGCUUAUUUCUGGCGUCCUGUACCACCCGAGGGCUACAAAGCCAUCGGUCACUUAGUCACCAACACUGCAGACAAACCCUCUACCGAUAGUAUGAGAUGCGUACGUACAGACCUUACAGAUGUGUGUGAAACUGAUAGCUUGGUGUGGAGCACACGAAAGGCCGCCAAUAACAAUGGGCUCAGUGUCUAUAGUUUAAGGCCUAAAGAAAGAGGGAGCAAUGCUUUAGGGAUAUGUGUUGGCACAUUCGUUGCGACUGUUGCGAGUACCCCAGAUGCUGAUGUUGCUUCUUUAGCUUGUUUGAAGAAUAAGGGCUAUGUGCUAGACUCCAUGCCAAACCAUGCCCAAAUUGAGUCGCUACUGAAGGCCUACUCCCCAUUCAUGUUCUUCCAUCCUGAUGAAAUGUACCUCCCUUCUAGUGUCCCUUGGCUCUUCACAAAUGGAGCCCUUUUAUACAAGAAAGGUGACCCAAACCCUAUCCAGAUUGAUCCGAAUGGAUCCAACCUUCCCCAAGACGGUUCCAAUGAUGGCUCUUAUUGGAUAGACCUUCCGACCAAUAACGAUGCUGCAGAUAAGGUCAAGAGGGGGGAUUUAGGGAGUGCAGAGUCAUACUUGCAUGUGAAGCCUAUGCUGGGGGCAACGUUCACCGACAUUGCGAUAUGGGUGGUCUACCCAUUCAAUGGCCCGGUAAAGUUAAAGGUGCAACUGAUAAAUGUUCCACUGGGGAAGAUAGGGGAGCAUGUAGGGUAUUGGGAGCAUCUGACCCUGAGGAUAAGUAAUUUUACUGGUGAAUUGUGGAGAGUUUACUAUGCUGAGCACAGUGGGGGUCAGUGGAUGAAUGCUUCAGAACUGGAGUUUCAACAAGGAAACAAGGCCACGGUCUACUCAUCCUUGCAUGGACAUGCCUCAUAUUCUAAGGCAGGGCUUGUCCUACAAGGCAAUACCAAAUUAGACAUAGGAAUAAGGAAUGACAGUGCUAAGAGCAAGUUUGUAAUGGAUACAGGCGCGAAAUUCACCAUUAUCGCAGCCGAAUACCUCGAUUCGAUCGCACAACCUCCCUGGUUGAACUAUACCAGAGAAUGGGGACCCAAAGUUAGCUUUGACACAACAAAUGAGCUAAAGAAAGUGGAGAAAUUUCUUCUUAAAAAAUUGAGAAAUGCAGUGGAAGACAUAGUUAGAAGUCUACCCAAAGAGGUGCUAGGAGAGGAAGGUCCUACUGGUCCUAAAAUGAAGAACAACUGGACAACUGAUGAAGUUUGAACUGUGACACAAAUCAAUUUCCAUCCUCCAAUUUGACAAUUUGUAAUUUAUGAGAAAUUAGUACUCCUAGUUAGGUGCAGUGUCCAUAUGGUCCCUGUUUUUGACAAUCACAUUAAAUGGUCCCUUGAUAAGGUCA